CUUUUGCAAUCGCAAGUUGCAUCCACCAACCUCACCGCCGCGCCGACUAGAAGCACAGGACAUAUUGAGUCGAUGGGCGGCCUCAUGCAGGAUGUAAACACUCGAUGGUCCGACGACGAACGCUCCAAGUUCAUGUCGGGGCUACAGCAGUACGGAUCGGACUGGAACCGCAUCGCGCGCGUCGUCGACUCUAAAACCGUCCAGGAAGUGUACGAGUAUGCGUCGUUGCAUUACAAGACGAUGAUGACGGGAAAAGACCUGCGCAGCUUGGAAUCCAUGCAGACCAGUGGUUCUAUCAUUUCCGACCAAAUGAAAUCGUCCACGGACAGCCUCCCUGGCGGCGGGACUGCUCUAGUGUCGUCGUUUCUACCUGCUGGGAGCGUUGGCCCAGUCGUCAGUCCCACCAACUCGACUAGCGACGACAUCGUCAAGUGCAAACAAGUCUAUCAUGCUUCUGAAGCAUCGACGCAGGAUGAAAACUGUGCCACCCACGAACCCAACACAGCCAACAAAGUAACAAAGUCCGUCGACGCCACCACACUCUUGGCUCGGUCGUACGUGACAGGAGCGGUUGUCGUCCCCCCAUCGCCACCCCCAACGAACCGCAGUCGAUUUGAAGACAAGAUCAAGGACUUGUCGGAUGCCGACAUCAAGAUGUUGCUUCGCAAGCGCCUCCUGGACAUGCAAGAACGGCGACAGGAAUCCAUGCUCAAGCGUAAACAGAACGAAUCGUAUGUGAACCACCAGCUCUCGGCAUUUCACACGAGGCACGGGGCGUCGCCCGAGUCCGUAGCCUCUAAACCUUCCAAAGGACCCUUGUCCAAGAAACGCAAGCAAUCAACCACACCGAAACCAUCUUCCUCCUCGUCCUCCGACUUUUUUGCCGGCGUGAAUGCGUUGGCCAUGGUGAGCUGCGAAGCUUUGCAGCGGUAUAACCUCAAGUACAUCCGUCGUGGCUCCGGUUCGCAGCCCCAUGUUGUCCUUCACGACGACGACGGUGCCGCCGGUGCCGACAACGACGACGAAGACGACGUCCCCCGCCAUCAUCGGUUCCUGCAAACGCCUGCCUCCCAACAAUGUUCAGUGCCAUGGGAUUUCUCGAUCGCGCCCAAGCUGGACGCCGACAAGAUGGACAGCGCCAAGCGAGCCAAGUGGAGCGACGACGAGCAUCGGCUAUUCCUUGCAGGCAUCGAAAAGCACGGCCGCAAGUGGAAAAAGGUGCAAGAGCAUGUGCCGACCAAGAGCCGCGACCAGAUCCGGACGCAUGCGUAUGCCCAUUUUGCCAAGGUACAGUCCAAUAAGGUCGAGCACGGGGACGUGCUGGAAGUAGCGGGGUUCCUCAGCUCCCUGGCUCAAGUGCCGCCGACUCCUACAGCAGCGGAACACAACGAGGUGCUGCCUGCCGAUCAAGGGCCAAGGGGUGCUUCGUUGCUAGAGGACGAAAUUCAACCGCCACCAGCAGCAGCACCAGGAGCUGCGAAUAUGCUGGGCGUAUGAAGUCGACAUAUGCGAACAGAAGAUAUUUAGGGGCGCGACAUGAUAAGAUGGCACAUGUACUAGGAACCAGUAAUGCUCAAUAGUACGACGAGUUUGGGGAGA